GACCUAAAGCACAUGAAAGACGAAAUGUUGUGUACAAGAUACGGUGUCAAGAUUGCGAUAAGAACUAUGUGGGUCAGACAGGAAGACAACUGUCUACAAGAAUACAAGAGCAUAAAAGAGCUUGUAAGAACCAUUAUGCUCUCUCACUUGUUUCAAUACAUACAGACGAAGAAGGACAUCACUUCGACUGGAACAACGCAGAAAUCCUAGCACAAGGAGAGACACAAAAAGGAAGAGAGUUCCUCGAGGCAUGGUACUCGACGAAGCACUCGAUAAACAUGCACGUCGAGAUUGACCCGGUUUACGAAACGAUAAGACGGAGAGAAUUAAAACAACUUAAAAACCGUCGAAAGCAGUUAACAGACCCGUUAAUAACACAGCAGCAACAACCGGGACAAAACCAUCCUAUGGAACGUCCAUAUUCACCAGAGAAGCUGGGUAGACGAAUGGUCACGGGGCACAGAUUGAGAGAGCCAAUUCAAAAGUCACUUGCUAAUCAAUCACAAAUCGACGGCCAAACCAGCGGAUUACGUUUGACCCUACAGCGCACUGAGGAAGUCACCUCGCAUGGUGAUGAAACGUCUGCAUACCAAUUACGAAGCUCGGCGAACAAUUGAACCCAAGAACGAUCAACCCGGGCUACCUGUACAUAAAGUCAUUUUAAACUUGGUGUU